AUGUCUCCCCUGACCGACGAACAACUAUCCGCAGCCGCCAGCGCAUGUCUGGAGCUGCAGAGAACCGCCCAAGACAUCCACUCGAAACGGCCGUUUGUCGCGUUGCUUCUGGCACCGGACAACACCACCGUUCUGAUGUCCUCCCUGUCGCUAUCGCACGUCAGGCACGCCGAGACUGAACUCGCCCGCAACGCGGCCGAUAAUUAUGCGCGCGACUAUCUCGCCAAAACAACUCUCGUCUCCACCUGGGAGCCUUGCGCCAUGUGCGCCGGCACGAUUUACUGGGCGAACAUUGGACGGCUGGUGUACCUGGCGUCGGAGAAAACACUCCGACAGCUCACCGGAGAAGGGAACGCUGAGAACCUCACCCUGGAUUUGCCAUGUCGAACCAUAUUUGCCAGUGGCCAGACGGAAGUGGAAGUUAUUGGGCCUGUGAGUGGGUGGGAAGCCAAGGUGGCGGAGGAUAGUCAAAGCAUCCUACAUGAAGCUGGAUACGAGGAGGAAUUUUGCCCUGAAUCAUUGGAUGCUACUCCUGCUUUCAAGCGUGUAGACUUUCUUGAUCAGAAGACUGUUGCAUAUCUGCAAAGCGUCAAGGGAGUUUCUGUUGAAUACACACAGGAGGAAAAUUAA